AUCAGCGACUUUGGACCUCGUUGGUCGCAUUUUGUGGAUUUGGAGAUAACGCCGUUAGAAGAUUCCGUAACGGGUUAGCUCAACAGCUCCAGUUCGUUCACCCAAUCAUAUGCUUCUCGUUACUUUUAGCCAUCUCGCUGACGUCAGAUCGCACCGUCAGAGCUCACACUUGUAAGGCCGUUUGCUGCAUUUUCCAGAAAAGCAAAAGGGAAAGGCUUUGUGUGUAGAGAGAGAAGAAGAAGAAGAAGGAAGAAUGGGUUUGCUAACGAACAAGGUGGAGAGAGAGGAGCUCAAAGCAGGAGAUCACAUCUACACUUACAGAGCAGUUUUCGCUUACUCUCACCACGGAAUCUUUGUCGGUGGAUCCAAGGUUGUUCAUUUCAGACCUGAGCACAACCUUAAUUCAUCCUCUUCUUCUCCCAUGGAGUCAUUCACAUCAGCUUCUUCCUCCUCUGAAGACAUUUGCCCAACGUUUCCGGAUUGUGGUUUCAGACAACCAAACAGCGGAGUGGUCCUUUCUUGCCUGGACUGUUUCCUCAAGAACGGCUCACUCUACUGCUUCGAAUACGGAGUCAGCCCAUCAGUUUUCCUCACCAAAGUCCGCGGAGGCACCUGCACAACCGCGCAAUCAGACCCGACUGAUUCAGUCAUCCACAGGGCAAUGUACCUUCUCCAAAACGGAUUCGGAAACUACGACAUUUUCAAGAACAACUGCGAGGAUUUCGCGCUCUAUUGCAAGACGGGUUUGCUCAUAAUGGAUAAGCUGGGUGUAGGGAGAAGCGGUCAAGCUUCAUCGAUUGUGGGUGCUCCUUUGGCGGCAGUACUUUCUUCACCUUUCAGUCUGCUGAUUCCAAACCCCAUCGGUGUGGCGACGGUAACAGCUGGAAUGUAUUGUAUGAGCAGGUAUGCGACUGAUAUUGGAGUUAGAAGGGAUGUGGUGAAGGUGUCUGUGGAGGAUUUGGCUCUCAACCUUGACGUGAAGAGCAUUGAGCAAGCUGAUGAAGAAGAAGAAGAAGAAGAAGAUUCUGAUAUUAGGUGACUAAAUGAUCAUUUGAGUCAAGUGUUAAUGUCGUGAAUCAUGUUAUGAAUGUGUUGUGAUGGAUUAUAGUGUUAAAAGACUUUUAGCUAAUAAGACAU